ACGAACGGUUUGCUGAGAAGAGGAAGCUCGACCAAGAAAUCAUGGGGCGGAUCAGAGGAGUAAUUCCACUCCUUUCUAUCGCCUGGCUCGGUCUACUCACCAGUGUCGUCGACGGUACAAGCCCGCCGCAGGACUGUGCGGACCUGUUCGCCGCCGGGACCCGUCAGAGCGGGACCUACACAGUCGGCGAGCCCAGCCCGUACCGGGUCUACUGUGACAUGAGCUUCCUGGGCGGCGGCUGGACCGUCCUUCAGCGCCGGCAAGACGGAUCCGUGGACUUCGCCAAAGCCUGGGAGGAAUACCAACAAGGGUUCGGCAACCUGACCGGAGAGUUUUGGUUGGGGCUGGAGAAUAUCCACACACUGACCACGGCGAAAAGUAACAUUCUGCAGAUCGAGCUUGAAGACUUCGAUGGCGGUAGACGGUACGCGCGGUACGGCACGGUAGCAGUCGGGGAUGCGAGCGGUAAUUAUACGGUGUCCAUCUCUGGAUAUAGUGGAGACGCAGGGGACAGUCUAACCAACAGUGGACGGCCCAACAUUAACGGAAAAAUGUUUUCUACACUGGAUCGAGAUAAUGACGAAAACAACGUGCACUGCGCGUCUUCAUUCAGUCAAGGUGGAUGGUGGUACCCGACAAGUUGUGGACAGUCCUUCCUAAACGGACGGUAUAACUGUCACCAGAGUUCGGUCUCUUGUGGUGAAUCACAGGGAGUCGUUUGGUCGAGUUGGGGAGGCAGGAGUUACUUCUUAAAGACAACAACCAUCAUGAUCAGGCCUGCUGACUUCGCAGGCGCACACACGCCCCAGGACUGCGCUGACCUGUAUGAAGACGGGAUCAUUGAAAGCGGAGUCAACGCCGUCAGCGAUCCCCGCGUCUUUGUCUACUGCGACAUGAUGAACUCAGGCGGCGGGUGGACCAUGAUCCAGCGCCGCCAGGACGGGUCCGUGGACUUCGCCAAGAACUGGGCAGACUACCAGCAGGGGUUCGGUAACCUCGACGGAGAGCACUGGCUAGGACUGAGCAAGCAGAACCAAAUCACGGGACAGAAGGCGUACACUCUGCGAGUCGAUUUAGGGGAUUGGGAGGGUCAAAGUAGGUACGCGACUUACGACAGUUUUAGCGUUGGGGGCAGCAGUACGGAGUAUCAGGUCAGUAUCAGCGGGUACGCAGGUGAUGCCGGAGACAGUCUCACCGAUAGUAAUAGCCGUCUUAAUAUAAACGGUCGUAGAUUUACGACCUCAGACAACGAUAAUGACCCAAGUACGAUCACAAACUGUGCGAGUUCAUUCGGAGGAGGAGGAUGGUGGUUUCCGGCUAGUUGUGGGUACGCAAUGCUCAACGGACGAUACAACGACUCGGGUAGAGCACAGGGAGUUAACUGGGAAAGAUGGAGAGGCUACACUUACUCAUUGAAACUGACGUCACUGAAAGUAAGGCCGGAUGACUUCCCAGUUUGCCCGACGGGAGUGUUUGGACCGACCUGCUCUGAAUCAUGUCGCUGUUUGAACGGAAACGCCUCCUGUAAUCACGUGACUGGGGCGUGUUUAGGCGGAUGUGCCGACGGCUGGGCAGGGAGCAACUGUCAGUCAGUCCAUCCACAGAUUCUUCAGCCGACACCAGCAGACAAAACGAAAAAAUUAGGAGAAGCCCUGAGCUGGACCUGCAAAGCUACUGGAGAUCCUCUACCGAACAUCACUUGGUGGCACGGCAGUAACAGACUCACAACAACAAGUACAACGCAGAUGGAGUCAGGCGUUCAGUACACUGAGAGCGUCUUCACUAUCAACACCGUUAGCUUCCACGAUAACGGGACCUACAUCUGCAUAGCUGGUAACAUCGGGGGAUUUGAGAUAGCAACGUUUUCUCUCGCUGUCCAAGCCUGUAGUCCCGGUGAGUUCGGGCCCGUCUGCAGUACCUGUCGCUGUGCGUUUGGGGGUGACGUGUGUGACGUCAUGACUGGAGUCUGCUCGAGAGGAGGGUGUGAAGCCGGAUGGAAAGGGAACGACUGCCAAACUGAAUGUGCACCUGGUGAGUUCGGGCCAAACUGUACGUUCACCUGCCACUGUGCAAGCGGGAGUUCUGCUUGUGACACCAUGACUGGAAUCUGCUCCAGUGGAGGGUGUCAAGCUGGGUGGAAGGGAAACAGUUGUCAAACAGCCUGUGGUCCCGGCGAGUUCGGUCCCAACUGUGCUAACACCUGCCGCUGUGCGGCCGGAGAUUCAGCUUGUCCUGCCGACACUGGCGUCUGUCAUGGAGGGUGUGCUUCUGGAUGGGAGGGGGACAGUUGUCAGAUCGAUGUAAACGAAUGCGAUACUGAUGCUGAUAACUGCCACAUCCACGCAACAUGCCACAACAGCGAAGGAUCCUUCAACUGUGUGUGUAAUCCAGGUUACCAAGGGAAUGGUACAUCGUGUACAGAACAAAUUCCAUUGGUAGGGAUCAUCGUUGGUGCUGUGGCAGGGUUCUUCGCCAUUGGUGCAGUUGGAGCGGUCGCUUUCUAUUGCAGGAGAAGGAAUAAAAACGUUUCCAAAGAAAGGGAUGUACCACUGAAAGACAUCGGUGAUCAGCCAAUAACAGGUGGUGCUAGAAAUGAGGCUUUUGAUCCAGAACAUGGCGAGUAUACAACUAUAUCUGCGCGCCUGUCAAAGAUCAUCACAGUGGAAGACGUACAAACGUUUCUAAUUGACAAUGGGCUGCAAGAGUGUGUAAGACCUUUCAGGGAGAACGACGUUGACGGAAAGGCACUGCGCCAUCUGGAUGACGCCAUGCUGAAGGACCUUGUUCCUAUGGUCGGACCAAGAGCGCGACUUAAAGCCGUGCUACAGGAACUCAACGGUUCAGAAAUUCAGGUUUCGUCGGAGUCAACAGUCUCGACCCUCAACUUUUGGGAAAUCCCCCGGUCCAGUCUGAAGCUGGGCAGGCGGCUCGGUAGGGGCCAGUUCGGCGAAGUUCGCCAGGGAGAAGUCCGUAAUCGGGCAGUGACGACCACUGUAGCUGUGAAGACCUUGAGAGACUCUGCAUCAGAUAGUGACAAGAAAGACCUGCUGGGUGAACUGGAAAUCCUGGUGACUGUUGGUCGUCAUGACAACAUCAUCUCUCUAGUUGGGGCAUGUACAAGAGACGGACCUUUGAUGAUAGUUGUGGAGUACGCCCCCAAUGGCUGUCUGAAAGACUGGCUAAAGACCAAAGCAGAAUCGGCGUGCCAGGACCAACAAGACUCCAUGGAACAGCUCAUUCAGUUCGGCGUCGAUGUGGCCAGUGGAAUGGGCCACCUAGCUGCCAUGCAGUGUGUCCAUCGUGACUUGGCAGCCAGAAAUAUCCUUUUGGGAGAAAAUUUCGUCGCUAAGGUGUCUGACUUUGGCCUAUCACGUGACAUCUAUGAGGACAGUGAGUACGUCAAGAGUACAAAGAGUAAGCUACCGUUGCGGUGGAUGGCUUAUGAGUCACUUUUCUACCACGUGUACACAUCUCAGAGUGACGUGUAA